CCAUCAUGUAUACCCAGCGACCGUUGGCGUACGCCCCUACGCCGUAUAGCUAUACGCCAAGCCCGGCGUUGGCGGCAUCUAUCAACCUUGAUGAAGAAGUAAAAUUAGCUUCCAGCGCGGCGGAGCGGGAUCUCUACGAGUCGUUGGCUGAGAUCUACGGUAUUAUCGUGACUUUGGAUGGCCUGGAGAAGGCUUAUAUCAAAGAUGUGGUUACGGAAGCGGAGUACACGGAGACAUGUACCCGGCUCUUGAAACAGUACAAGUCCACUUUGGGUGAUGAGACUGUUGCGAACGAGUUUGUCGAUCUAGAGACCUUCAAACGUACCUGGGAGCUGGAAUGCCCUCGCGCCACUGAACGUCUCCGCAUCGGCCUCCCCGCGACAGUCGAACAAGCCUCCCACAGCACACCCGCCGCGAACAUGGCUCCAGCAGCAGCAGGACCUGCAGGAGCAUCUGGUAGCUUGAUCUUGACGGCUACUGAGAAUUUCAUCACCUUUUUGGAUGCAUUGAAGCUGAACAUGGUGUCCAAGGACGCACUGCACCCGCUUCUGUCGGAAGUGAUCCAGUCCGUCAAUAAAGUCACCGAUGUCGACUUCGAGAACCGGGGCAAGAUUAUCCAGUGGCUGAUCACAUUGAAUCAGAUGCGUGCAACUGAGGAACUCGGUGAAGACCAGGCCCGGGAGUUGGCAUUUGACAUUGAGCAAGCAUACCUGGGAUUCAAGGCCACUUUGGUCGGACUAAUCAGCCCUCAGAACUUCUGCACCAUGAUAAGCGCCGAUCCCGACGAGCCUCUCCACGUGUUCGAUCUUCCCCAGAUCCAUACUAAACCGUCCGGCACUGAGCUCAUCCAAGCCCUCGACCUGCUAACGGUCAAACCGCGGAGUUUCGGGCCCGUAGCCCAUGAAGCGACAAAGAGCCGGACUGUGCAGCCAGCCGGAGUGACCCGCUAUCUGACAUCUAUCAUUGCCAGCCCGCUGGCAUGGCUCGACACUGACGAGCUCCGGGAGGCCGUCUGGGACGCCGCUGCAGCCCGACUCAGCGAGCGCUCCGGUCGAACCGCCAUGCCCGCCAUGUCCCGAGUCUUCAGCAUCCCUAGUACCACAUCCGAUGGACUCGAAGGCGAAGAAUUCACACUGACCCUCCACGAACCCUCCUUAACAGCCGACAACCUGGGCAUGAAAACCUGGGUCUCCUCAUACCUCCUCUCUCGCCGCCUCCACAAUCUUCUCGACUCAACUCCCAACCUCGUCCCUACCACGUCCACCACCCCGCAACCCCGCCCAGACAACAACAAGACCCUCCGCGCCCUCGAACUCGGCGCCGGAACAGGACUCGUGGGCCUCUCUUUCGCCGCCCUGCGCGGCUCAUCAGCCUCCAUCCAUCUCACAGAUCUCCCGGACAUUGUGCCCAACCUAGCCCACAACGCAGCUCUCAACGUUGAAUUGCUCAAUCGGACAGGCGGCGUCGUCACAACGGGUGUUCUUGAUUGGACUGACACCCCGGACCCGCUGCCCACUGCACAGGAGCAGUACGAUCUCAUCCUUGCUGCGGAUCCGUUGUAUUCGCCUAGUCACCCGAAGUUGCUGGUCGACACGAUCACGCAUUGGCUGAGUAGGGGGCUGGAUGCCCGUGUUGUGCUGGAAAUGCCACUCCGGGAUGCAUAUCUACCUCAGGUGCAGGAGCUGCGGGACCGAAUGGGACAGUUGGGGCUGGCGAUGGUGGACGAGGGCGAGGAGAUUGGCUAUGACGAUUGGGAGUCGGCGGAUGGGGGAGCUUUGGAGGUGAAGUUAUCCGGUAUAUCCAAGUGUACGGCGUCGGAUAGCAACUCGGAAGCGAAGCCUAUGGGCAGCCUUUCUCGUAUAGACCCUUUCAGUUUUCUAGCUCUUCUCGCAGCAUCGAGCUGUUUCUUCUCUGCUAUCAACAUGGUUAUCGGUCUCCUAGCAAUUACCGCCAUCCCCACCGUCACCGGCGUGGCCAUGGGGGUGAGUGAACAGCGCAAAGCAAAUGAGAGGAAGAAUGAUGAGCGACGCAUGGCAAAGUUUAAUAUUGAUGUCGCACCACCACCAAAUGAGGAACCUGACGAUGAGGUUCAAGGGUUACGGGUGGUGCUGAGGGACUGCAAGGUUUAUCUCGAUGAUCCUGUGCCCUCGAAGCGAAAAGUCCCCGCACACACCGCGGCAGCGUUUUAUAUUGAGUACCCAGAGCCAGACCAUAUGAAACACCUCAAGCGGGGUUUUGGAUUAGCGACCACCAUCUCAGAUAACCCGCCGAUGUUGGGUUGGCUAUACGCCGAUACUAACACACAUGAAAUGAAGUAUGGAAACCGGUCAUCGAGUUGCGAUCAUGUUGUUGGGCCGUGGGAUUGGGAGGAUGAGGAGACCACGGUGACACUGGAGGAGAACAGGCAGUUUGUGGCAGUGCAAGAAGACGAUGGCUGUUGGGCGCUAUACUACGAUCGCGAUGGCGAUGAUUUAGAGCGUGUAUUGGAGGAACAGGGCAAAUUGGACAAUGACUUCCAACCCUUGAGAUUGAAGCGGAACCUGAUUGAACAGCCUGUACAAAAAACAAAAAAUGAUAAUUCGUGA